CGGUGGCAAGUUACUGUCCCACUUUCGGGUUGAUGAGGUUGGCUGGUGGGACAUUGCAUUGCGGUAGUCAUAGACUCAACAUCAAACCUUUUCACCAAAGGGCGCCAGCUUCUGCCUUGGACCACUCGUGGUUCACGCCUAUAUGCACGUGAUACUAUACUUGCUAUGGGUGACUGAAUGCUUGCACUGCCAGCCACAAUCAUAUGCAUAUUCUAGCAGGGCGGUUCUGUCGCAGGAAUGCUGUACGGUUCUGGGUGGCUGGGUCCGAAGUGCUGAAGCAGGGGAGCCCGUGACUAUCCAAUCAAAAGCAUCCUAUAGAGUUGGUGCUUGGCGUCCCACAUCCACAGGUUGGCUGAAUUGUGCUGUUCGGGAUCAUUGUGGCAGCGUCUCUGCGGUGCAGCUGCCCAGUAUGGUGGAUAUAUAGUCACUGCCUCUCCUCAUGCGAGCACUGGCGUCCGCCAUUGUUCUCGGAUCUAUCAUAGUGGAACCGUCGCGAAGGCGGUAUCGUGC